GAGUAAUAUCAGAAAUAGUCAAAUAUUCUUUGAGUCUCGUCUCUGUCUCUCUGCCCUCCCCUCCACGCUUCAACUGAGGAAGCAAAUCAAAGCAAAGUCCGGUUUUCUCUGAGUCACAUCCUACACGAUUUAGGUCCACCUUCCACUAAAAUCUACCUUUCCCAACUUCGAUUUCACACUUGGGUCUUGUUGGGUCUCUCUCUCAUAUUCUUCAUUUUCUCUAGAAAUUUUCCAUUUUUGCGCUACAUUUUUUUUCCCUGUACAACCAAGCAGGAGCUAUUCUUCAAUGGUCCGAGUAGGAAGACCCAAUUUGAAGCUUUACUAGUUCUCGUUGACAAUGGCCACUUCAGGUGGUGGUAGUUACAGAAAUGGGACUCACAGGAGCUCUCUGAAGGUGGAUAGGCCUCUCUCUAUGAACUCGAACCCCAAGACCUCUGUCAAGUCCAAGCCUUUGUCUUCUUCUGGGCCCCGCCGGAGCAGCACUGGCUCUAUCGGUGCCGCCACCGGAGCCGCCAAGGACGAUGCUGGAGUUCCUGGAAGAGUUCGAGUAGCUGUGAGAUUGCGACCACGUAAUGCAGAGGAAUCAGUGGCAGAUGCUGACUUUGCUGAUUGUGUAGAAUUACAGCCAGAGCUUAAGAGGUUAAAACUUCGAAAGAACAAUUGGGACUCGGACACUUAUGAGUUUGAUGAAGUGCUCACUGAGUUUGCAUCCCAAAAACGUGUUUAUGAAGUUGUGGCAAAGCCCGUUGUUGAGAGUGUCCUGGAUGGUUACAAUGGGACCAUCAUGGCAUAUGGGCAGACUGGUACUGGUAAAACGUAUACUCUUGGACGACUUGGAGAGGAAGACACAGCUGCUCGUGGAAUAAUGGUGCGUGCUAUGGAGGAUAUUCUGGCAGAUGUUUCUUUGGAGACCGAUACUGUCUCUGUCUCAUAUCUUCAGCUUUAUAUGGAGACUAUACAGGACCUUCUUGAUCCUGCUAACGAUAACAUUCCUAUUGUGGAAGACCCCAAAACUGGCGAUGUUUCACUGCCUGGGGCUAACCUAGUGGAAAUCAGGGACCAGAAAAGUUUUGUAGAACUGCUACGAUUAGGGGAAGCUCACCGCUUUGCUGCAAACACUAAAUUGAAUACAGAAUCUUCUCGUAGUCACGCAAUACUGAUGGUACAUGUAAAGAGGUCUGUCAAGGGAAAACAUUCAGCUCUUUCAAGUGAAAAUGGUAACAACCCCCACAUGAAAACGUUAAAGCCUGCCAUUGUUCGGAAGGGAAAACUAGUUGUGGUUGAUCUUGCUGGUUCAGAGCGUAUUGAUAAGUCAGGAAGCGAGGGACACACACUAGAGGAAGCGAAAUCUAUUAAUCUCUCUUUGAGUGCAUUGGGAAAGUGCAUUAAUGCACUGGCUGAGAAUAGUGUGCAUGUUCCUGUUCGUGAUUCAAAGCUUACAAGAUUGCUUAGGGAUUCCUUUGGCGGCACAGCAAGAACUUCGCUGGUUAUUACUAUUGGUCCAUCCCCACGCCAUCGGGGAGAGACAGCAAGUACCAUAAUGUUCGGACAGAGGGCAAUGAAGGUGGAAAAUAUGCUGAAAUUAAAGGAGGAAUUUGAUUACAAAAGUUUAUCUAGAAGGCUAGACAUACAAUUGGACAAACUUAUUGCAGAACAUGAAAGGCAGCAGAAAGCUUUUGAGAAUGAAAUUGAAAGAAUUACUACAGAAGCGCAAAAUCGUAUUUCUGAGGUCGAAAGAAACUACGAAGAUGCACUGGAGGGUGAAAGAGUAAAAUAUCAGAGGGACUAUAUGGAAUCAAUAAAGAAACUUGAAGAGCAAUUGGUGAAGAAUCAGCAAAAACAUGGCUUUGAAAAAGUUCCAGUUGGAAGUGAGAAUGAUUGCUCUGCUUUGACAUCUAACACAGAGAGUUCCAAGAUCUCUGCCAUUGAGGAAGUUUCUGAGCUGAAAAAACUACUUCAAAAAGAAAGUCUUCUUAGGAAGGCUGCUGAGGAGGAAGUUAAUAGUCUUAAAAGUCAACUAGCUCAAUGGAAAAGGUCAGAGGCAUCAGGGAACUCAGAGAUCAUAAAGCUUCGUAAGAUGCUGGAAGAUGAGGCACGCCAGAAAGAGAAACUUGAAGGAGAAAUAGCAAUACUGCAUAGUCAGUUGCUUCAAAUAAGUUUUGAAGCUGACGAGACAAGAAGAAGACUUGAUAGAGGUGGGUCUGGUAAAGUUCCUGGUGAUCUAGAUUCUCUCUUCUCUCAAGUUAAACUUCAACAGCAAGAGCCGGGAAAUGGAGAAAAGGCCUCAAUAGCCAAACUCUUUGAACAAGUGGGAUUGCAGAAGAUUUUGUCAUUGCUUGAAUCAGAAGAUGCUGACUUGCGAAUUCACGCUGUGAAAGUGGUUGCAAAUCUAGCUGCUGAAGAAACAAAUCAGGAAAAGAUUGUAGAAGCUGGUGGUCUUACUUCCUUGUUGAUGCUUCUUAGGAGCUCUGAAAACGAGACCAUACAUAGAGUGGCAGCAGGUGCAAUCGCCAAUCUUGCCAUGAAUGAAACCAAUCAGGAGCUCAUCAUGGGUCAAGGGGGUAUUGGUCUGUUGUCGAUAACAGCAGCCAAUGCUGAGGAUCCUCAAACUCUUCGGAUGGUUGCUGGAGCCAUUGCAAAUCUUUGUGGGAAUGAUAAGUUACAGAUGAAACUAAGGGGUGAAGGAGGGAUCAAAGCAUUGCUAGGAAUGGUCAGAUGCAGACAUCCUGAUGUUCUUGCACAAGUUGCUCGUGGAAUUGCAAAUUUUGCAAAAUGCGAGUCAAGAGCGUCUAUGCAAGGAACCAAGACUGAAAGGUCUCUUCUGAUUGAGGAUGGUGCACUUCCAUGGAUUGUACAGAAUGCGAACAAUGAAGCCUCACCAAUCAGGCGUCAUAUUGAGCUUGCACUCUGUCACCUAGCACAACAUGAAGCAAAUGCAAAAGACAUGAUCAGCGGAGGUGCCUUGUGGGAGCUGGUUCGUAUCUCACGGGACUGUUCUCGGGAGGACAUAAGGACUCUUGCACAUCGAACUUUAACUUCCAGCCCUGCUUUCCAAGCUGAAAUAAGGCGUCUAUGAAUAAUAGAUCAUUGAAGAACGUGUGAAAUAACUGAAGCAGCUGAAGUGUGCAUAGACAACCGAUCCCAGCUCAAGGAUUGAUCUUUAUCAAGGUGACAA